UGACAUCAGCCUAAAUUAUCCACCAUUUUGAGAAUAGGAUUUAUUUCAUAGUUUCAGGGGAGAAAAAUAUAUCAAGAUGUCGCAGCCUGGACAACAGCCUCCCAGUCAAGCGGGGCCUGGAGGACCCCCUGCGUCAGCUGGAGGGCCCGGGGGUCCCCCUCCACAACAGGGUGGCAGCAAACGGUUGCAGCAAACCCAGGCACAGGUAGAUGAGGUUGUAGAUAUCAUGCGAGUAAAUGUUGACAAAGUGUUGGAGAGGGAUCAGAAAUUGUCAGAAUUAGACGGACGAGCCGAUGCUUUGCAAGCAGGAGCAUCCCAGUUCGAAGCCAGCGCUGGCAAACUGAAACGGAAAUACUGGUGGAAGAACUGCAAGAAACGUUACAAGUUGGAGCAAAACAAUUUCAAACGACGUCAACGAGAAUACGGAGAAAGUUUUGGUGGAAAAACCUCAAGAUGUGGGCGAUCCUUAUAGCUGUUAUUUUAGUGAUUAUUAUUAUAAUUGUUGUUUGGGUAGUGACCAGUCAGAAAAAGGAGUAGUCUGGAUGGUUUUCCUAGCGCAGAUUAUAAACACGGACAUCUUAUUAUAAAUCUAUCAGACCAGCGAGAGCCAAGAUUCUUCACAUGUGACAAGCAAGACAGUUCUAUAUUUAGAAACGAGGGCCACCUGGCUGUGCAUCUGGGGACGAGGUUCAUUCAUGCAUUCCUUGUGUAGUAUUGUAAUGCCGUGAUGAGGAGUUGAUGUUUUAAGACACCGGGGAUGAGGUUGGUUUUGCCAAGUUGCAGGCUUCGGAAAUAAGGCAUUCUCUUUAUCUUCUACAUGUAAACAUGAUAGGCAAAUGUGUAAUAGGGCAUUGAUGUUAAAGUUGUUGUGAUGCUAUAUCAAAUCAGAGUCUUUCAAUUUAUAUUGAAUUGAAAGACUCUAAUCAAAUAUUGGUUGAUUGGGAGCAUAUCAGGUCAAAUGAAUUCCGUAUCUAUAUAUAUGGUUUUCAAAGAUUGGUGUUUCAGUUAGAAAUCUGAAAAGGCAGGGCAGAAAAGGGUACUAUCUGAAAGUGAAAAGUCCAGGUGUAAUGCUCCGCCUGCUGGGAAAUGCAUUGGCCACUGAUAAAAAAGGCAGGGUAAUGAGACGCAUUUGAGAAAAGGCUGGGUGCCAUGCCCUGCUAAAACUCAAUAGCUAAAACAUGAUGAUUAUAAACUAGAACACAUGGUGUGGAUACUUGAAGUAGCCAACGUCAGCACUUGCAUCAUGCUUUACCCGUUGGUACAAAACCGAUUAGUUGACGUUUAGCCAGCCCAACAUUAGAGAAACAGAUUCCUUGCGAUUUUCUGCAGCCCGCAUCGUGAAUGCAUGCUCCCAGAAUACUUGGAAGUCGUGCAACUUGGCGAAAUCCUCCGUUCAUCAUUCCAAGUUCUUGAGUACUUAUAAAGUUCAUGCAUGUUCUGUAUACCCUAGAUGAAGCUGUACAUAGCCAAUAGCCUUAACGAGUAUAUAUUAAUCAAUUAAGUGAAUUAUUAAUAAGAUUGAGCUUGCAUAUCAAUUCAUCAGACUCUGCAUUUGGAUCUUUCUAACGAGUGUGCUGAUUGUCUCUCCGCCGCAUCAUCCUUGGGUGUAUUUCCUUACAAAUGUUUGAGCAAGACUGAAGGCCUGUCUCCACAUCAAUGUGUCACGCUGUGUGAUGCACUUAUGCAAAGGCCUUGUACGUGUUUAUACCAACAACAAUGCAGUUGCAUUGUUGGCACUUGUCAAAUGCCUGUGGGAAUGGAACAUCAAGUUACGCAGCGUGAAACUCUGAUGUUGAGAUAGGUCUUUAUGCUGGUCAUGAUUUUGAUUGUGAGCAUGCUGUCUACUCAACGUGUUCAAAGGGACAAAGUGAGUAAAGGCCUCCUAGCUCCGAAGAGGUAGGCAAAGUAAUUCCGUGGAAAUUUAGUGCAAUAUGGAAGGGUGUGGUGUCUGAUUGGCAACAAUCGGUGUGAUUUAUUGUCAAAAUAUACUUUAUUCCAAAAGGAAAUUAUGUGAAAACAUGUCAAACAUUUCUGUCUUGCAAAUGCUUUUAUCAUUGGUCAUUGUCUAAACUUUGGAUGUUGAGGGCAAAAGGAGAAAAAAAUGAAUUGCCCCAAGACUUUUGUGGUCAGAUUGGUUCUAUAUUUCAUUUCCACUUGACUGAGAAUUGGAAUUCAUCCGGCCGAUGCUUUAUGGCAGGAUACAGUCUUCCACAGCCUGUGCAAUGGAAAAGUCUGUGUCAUGUUCCAGUAAGAAUUAUGGGAUUGCAAUCUGCACUUUGCGGGUGGAAUUGAGCAAGAACAAUCUGUGAUACAAAACGUCAUAUACCACAGUUCAGUCAUAACGAGUGGGGCUGCCACGGCUGUCUCUGAUGGUUUUUUCCCCAUCUUGUCCUCACCUCCAAAGUCAAAACCUCGCAUUCCCCAGGUGCACGACUGGUGUGUUAAUGCCAUGUUACCCAUGAUUGUGUAUGAUCAAAUUGUAUAUCACAUGAUGCUAAACUUCACAUUCAACAUUGAAGUUUUGUCAUUGUAUAAAGGAUGUCACAAAAUGAAUGAAUUCAAAAUCCGAAUGAUUUGACAUUCGCGUUUUUCUCUCUGUAAUGGUAGUGUGGACGGACGGACAGACGGAACUUUGUGUCUGAGGUUUUGUUGGUUUGAUGUUCAAAAGAUAUUUCAUGUGCGGGGCAGUUCUGAUUGUCUCGUAUCAUGUCAGAAAUGUUUUCAGGUUAAGAUUUGAAUCACUCGGCUUCAAAGUGACGUAAAACAGAAAGAUGAAGUUUGACAUUAUUUUCAUUCGAUAUCUUCAAAUUGUUCUAAAAGCGCAAAUAGAAAGUCAGGGUGGGAAUCAAACUUGAAAAAACACCAGUCUGAAUUUCUGUACAUUUAUUGUAUCUUUUGCAGAAAUGUUACAGAUGUUGUUGUACUGGUGUGGAUGGAAUAACAGUUCUGUCGAUUUCAAAUUAUUUCGCGAUCGUUUGGAAAGAGCUUUGGUACCGCGGCACGAAGUUCAUGUCCGUCUGAAACGCCACCUAGUGUUCAUGAUGAUAAUUACGUGGAGACGUUCCUUUAUCUCCAUUGAACAUUUUUGUAGUUGUUUUGUAGUUCGUCAUUCUGUUCUCUAGCUUUCAUAAGAUAUAAUGAUAUUACAUUGUAUAAAUAUUAUAUCUGACACCUAUCGUGUCACAGAAAACUCCGUAUUUCAUCAUUAUUCUAUUUAAUAGAAUCAUGGAAUUGUCACAAAAUUUCCAAAUUCAAGAUGUACUCUCGUUUCUCAGAAUUAAUUGAAAUGAGGCCAAAAUUUUGCAUUUUGAAGUUCUGUGAGUGUUCAGGUUCUUAGCUCCUGUCCACCCUAGAUUUCGUAAUGGGGUUGCCCAAUUUAACAUUAUUUCACUCGUUGGGUUAUUCCAUUGUCGGAAUCCAGGGGAGGCAAGCUGAAUAAACCCAUUGUGAGUAAGUGUAUAGAAUGUUACAAAAAAAGGUCAAAAUUCUUGCUGGGAUAAAAAUACUAUAAAUCCCAUUUUUGCAGUUGAGUCGAACGCUGCCAAGGAUUUCAACAUCUAGAUUCCUUCCGAGCUUCAUUUUCAAUCAUACUGCUCGAGGAGUCUUUAAUCCUUAACAGUGUUGUUCGACUGCAUGAGGUGAAAAUAGCUUAUUGAAAAAAAUGGGAUCUACAGUAUAAGUGUAAUAUAAAUAUUAACCAUAUUGUGUAGUGAUCCAGUGUCCUAUGUAAGCACUGGAUACUUUGUACAGUUUGUCGUUAGUCUAUAUAAUUAGCAACUCGUUAUGGGUUAAAAAUGCAUGGAAUAUAAUUAUCAGUCAUGUUAAAUUCUAUCCUCACAAUAUAUGCAGGUUAUCCAUGAAUGCACGAGAAAAAAAUUCACUUGGGCCAUAAGAUGGCAGCACUAUUGAGACAGCAAACAUGAAUUUCCACUACCAUUUGUCGUUGAACAAAUUUGCACUUUCUCAGAUUGAUAACUUGUGAACGUUUCCGAACCUCCAUCCCAUGGUGAGUAAUUGCACAAUCUCUGCGUCCAGUAACUGACUCCGUUUGCGUCCGACCUCUGCGAAAGAUGAAACUUCUCUUGUUUUGUAGCUUACCGUUGAAAACAAAUCAUAAAAUAGCUUACAGUCGAAAAAGAUAUCAUGAGAGGAUCUUGGCUGAAAGUAAUCGGCGGCCAUUUUGAACUUUGGCGGCCAUCUUGGAAUUGAGGCUGAGCUUUGUAAGAUCUAUGGUUACUCAGGUAGCCUGGUUUCAGAAUAUCAGAACCAGUUAGAAAACUUUUACCAGAGGUAAUUGGUGCCAACCUGAAGAAAUGUACUCCUUGGCUUAGUUUGAAGCUAGGCCUAGGUACUGGGCUUGUGCUAUUUACUCACUGUGUUCAUUUCUAUUAUUUACACACCUGUGCUAGUUGUAUUCUUGUGUACAAAACGUGUUGUCCAUUUCAUGCCCCGAAAACAAGCAAUUUUCGUCGCUGCAACUGCAUCCAUGAUUGCCUCCAACAGAAAUCUCUCACUUGUAAUAGUCAUUGCAGAUACCUGCGACAAGGCUCGGUGAUUGCAUUAUAUCAGGCACUUUACUAUGAAAAUGCACUGGCUACUACAGCCAAGAUUCACCAUAAUGGAUUCCAUCACACUUAUUAUUAGUAAAUUAUUUAAUGGUUAGUUAUUACUACUUGUGAUUUGUUGAGUUUGAAUUUGAAUUUGAAUGCCGUGCUAUUAGAUGCUACUAUACGCAAUGACCUUUGUGAUAAUAUAUGAAAGUGUAUGCCUGGUGUUGACUUUUUGUUGCAAUAUUCGAGAAAUCUUCGUUUUGAAAAUAAUCCCUCGGUGUUUUGUGGGUUGUCUUUGGAGUUGCUGAUCGGGAGUUGGUUGUUCAGUCGUAACCAUAGCAACCUAAUGCACAGGUUUCAGACCUUAUCAAUGAUGACAAAAUGGCAAAAAGGCUGUAUCCAUGAGCAUUCAUUGCAAAUUGCAACGUUAAACGGCGAUGUGGGUCAGACCUUGAGCUCUAUUUCAGCCGAACUAUGACAAACCAUUGACGUCACAGCAAAGUUUUAUUUCUGCCUUGUCUCGAGCCGUGUGUGUAACCCCUGCCUCCACCCCCACCCAAAAAGAACUAUUCCAAUAUCACAUUCCAAGCGUGUUGCAAUUGUUGCGUGCAUACAGCUCAAUUUGAUGAAUAUAUAAAAUCAAAUUAUUCUAAGAAUGGGUGACUUGUACGCACACGUCCUUAACUCUCACAACCGCACCCUGUAUAUACUAAGUCUGUAGGCCCUGCGUAAUACUGGCCCGCAGUUCUCCGUACUACUAAAUGUUCCCUAAGUUCUAUCAUUCGACUGAUUGGUUGGUUACACCUGGUUAAAAACAAGAUGGCUGCACCGCACUCGACUCAAUGCACAGCUAUGUAACUUACCCUAAACCUAGUUGGGAUCCAGGAUACCGGGUCUUUACCGGGUGCAGGCCGGGGGGUGCGGUACACUGCAAAAAUCCUGUGGUAGCGAAAGGUUUAAUGAAUUUAUGUUGUCACACCAGAUACGACUAAGAUUUGUCCACGCUCUGACACUGUUCGCGCCUGCAUUUAUCUUGCUUGUGUGCUUUGAAAAAUAUUCACCAUACAUGACCCACUUUGGCAUCUGAUGUACGGUUUUACUAUUACUUGUCCUCAGCAGUAACAAUUUUCAGUUUCGUUCCUUGUGUAUAUUAUACCUUGACCAUAAUUGUACAUUUUAGUUUGCACAAUACUUAACACUCCAGUGAUAAAUGUCCUGAAUUAAUAACACACAGUCUGCUUGCAUCACUAAACCCGGCCUAGUCACCACACUGGACAACUCUAACAAAAGUCCUACACAGUUUAAUAGUAAUGACACAAUGUAUUUUCGUCUUAACUUUUUAACUGGAAUCCCACUAGGGACAUUCAUUGAUGAGCCCAUUGCAAUUUGUAAUUUAUAAUGAUGUCCUGUCCCCAGUAUUUGGAAGCUUACUAAGUUUACUAUUAAAAAGUUUUAAAACAGCACCUAGUGAAUAAGCUGAACCUGGUUUUAAGAGCGUACAGUAGCUAUAUUUCAUCUCCUAACUUUAGAAGCAGUUCAUGUACUACAUGUAGUCUACACGGUACACAAGCAUACAGAGCUAUACUAUAGAGCACAACCAUUCCAAUUCAUGAAUUUUGUUAUCCAAUGGGAUGAAUCGAAAACUAAGUGUCGGACGCGACAGAUUUUCUUUUGUCGUACCCACCAGACAACAAAAUAUGAUAUAGCUUUGUAAGCCCAACCAGACAACAGGAUCUAGAGUUUUAUGUCUAGUCUGGGCUUUAUAUAUAGCUUUGUAUGCCCAACUGACAGCAGAAUAUAGCUCUGUAUGUCCAGCUGGACAAUGGAAUAUAGCUUUGUUUGUCCGGUUGGAUGACAGAGUAUACCUCUGUAUGCUUGUUGACGGUGGUUUACAGAACUAUGCAUGUAAGAAUUGGAUUGUAACGGGUAUUCCCAUCAUUAUUCGUCAUCAACAUCAAAUGCAUACCUCGUAAAUGAAGUUGUAGGUUAUAUUAUAUUGUCAAUGUGUUAGAUUUACAUUGUACAGCAGUCUUAUUGUCCAGAAUACUUUAAAAUGCACUGGCAGUAAUUCAACAUGUCUUGAAUGGGCUUGUUUUGAGAGGAGCUUGAAUUGGCUUGACGUGGUGGGGCCUUCCCUCAAAAGAGGAGUGAAGUUUAUGAAUAAUUUAUGUUACCAUUAGGUGAGGUAAGUAAUUUUUGCCAACAGUCUACAGGACGUUUCAAAACAAUCGCACCUAAGCAAUAUUUGGAAUUGGAAUCAGUUUCAGUCAAUUGAAACUUGGAGAAGGUUUGACUGAGGCAUGUUGAAAUGUUGCCGGUAGCAACUUAGCUGGUUAUGUCACAAUAUUAUUGGUAAAAUUUCAAAUUUUGAAUUGAUGUUUGACGCGUGUUUCAAAGGUUGUCAUUCCAUCAUUGCAUUGUUUAGUGAGCCCCCUGUAGGACUUGUAUAAAGUGUACCUUAGUUUGUAGUGGAAGUAUGUCAAUGUAUAUAAUAAAGGAGGUGUAAAAGAAAA